AUGCUUGUCUACAGGAGAAAAGACCUCCCUGAUGAUCCUGUCUUUCCUGCAGACUUGGAGAAACUAGGAUACUUCAUCAACGAUCAAGAUCAAAUCAGGCAGAUUGCCAAUCCGGACGAAAGCUUCAGAUACAAAAUUAAUGCCAAUGAGAGAUGGAACGAAGUCCAUUGCAGCGCGUUUAAUGACUGCAUUCGUCAUAUCGUUUUGUCCCGUCUGGAGGCUCUUGGAAUGGAGACUCUGCGUCUCCCUGUCGGUGCUCAGACUCACGAAAAACAUGUCCCUAUUCUACAUUCUACCAAUAUCAGUGCCGCAAAACGCAUCAUAGUCGUUCUUGGCAGUCCUGACCAGGAGCUCGGCAUCUGGACCUACAGAAGCAUAUCUGAAAAAGGGAUCAACGUCGGCUCCAUGGUAGAUUUUGCCAAGGCCGUGCUUCAACGAGACAAAGACAACACAAAGGAACCAAAUGGUGAACAUGAUAGCAUCGCGCUGGUGAUUGCAAAUUCAGGCCAGCUUAUCUAUCAUUGCGGAUCUGGGACGUCCAUGUCUCGAUCGACUUGGUUUGCUCUCCCCGUUGCAUCCGCAGCUCAUCCUCCACUAAGGCAGACAUAUAGAAAUGUUGUGCCUGGCAAUACCAAUUGGCGAAAGCAUGUCAGGUAUAUAUUUGAGAAUGUGCUGGCUGCAGGGGGUGAGUUUGUCAACGCCAAUGCCAAGAUCGACAUCAUCGGGGUCGAAGAAGGAGGAUUGGCGGCUGUUGAGUAUUUGGGUGAACAUUCAAUUUGCUUCGCAAGGCCUCUUCAUAAUAAGCGCCAACUAUUCAACGUUGAAGAGCAAGAAUCGGCCGACAAUGGGAAUAGUAGUGACGUUGAAGUUGGUCAAACUCCGGGAUCAUUCGCAAAAUUUCUGGCUACUAGAUGUCGCGCCUACCUCCUGUCUGACAAGCCACUCGAAUGGCCUAUUCCUGGUACUCCGGAGUAUGGUUGUAAUACACAUUCGUCUGGUGAAGCGGUGAAUCAUGAGGACGCAGUGGUCUCGUCAUGGCAGGCUAUGUUGAUAUGGCUCGACAAGUUACAUUAUGAUCCGUCACACGAGGAAGUAGAAUUCAUCAUGGAGGAGGUGGUGGACGACGAGGCUUGGAGGAAGUGGCAGCAGAGGGAAGAUGAGGAAGAUGAAGAGGAAAGCUCUAAGUAG